ACGUGGUAUAUGAGAAAUGUAUUCUUCCUUUCUGCGUCAUACCCUACCUACCUACCUUAGGAAACUCGAUAACUCCCUCUUCUCCAACAACCACCCCGCCGUGCUUCCCCAGGAUCAUCUGACCUCUUCACUGUCUUCAGUGUCUUCAGACUCUUCACCGCUAUCAUAAUGCUCGGAGAGCUGUCCCUGAGGCCUGACCGCUUACUUGUUAAGCCCAAGCAGAAGACCCCCGAGAAAGCCCUGCCCGUGACCUUGCUAUCCGGAUUCCUGGGCAGCGGCAAGACGACGCUUCUGCAGCACAUUCUCCGAAGCGACCAUGGGCUGCGGAUUGCAGUCAUUGUCAACGACAUUGGAGCAAUCAACGUCGACGCGUCCUUGAUCAAGCAAACGCACCGCGUCACCAAAACGAGCGAGAAGAUCGUUGCCCUUCAGAACGGCUGCAUCUGCUGUACCCUCCGCGGUGAUCUCCUCGAAGAACUCGUCAACCUCGCCGAGCUCCACGCCUUUGACUAUGUCAUCAUCGAAAGUAGUGGCAUCAGCGAGCCCGAGCAGGUCGCCGAGACCUUCGACAACAGACUGGCCGACCAGAUGAGGACUCUGAUUGACCAGGGUGACGGGACUGACGGCCUGGAUGAAAUCACCAUCAAGGUACUCGACCGAGUCGCCUCUGUGGGUGGAUUGGAAAAGUUCGCUCGCCUCGAUACCACCGUCACGGUAAUCGAUGCCUUCACCAUCCUCAACGACUUCCACACCGACCAGCUCCUCUCGGCGCGAAGAGAUGAUGUCGUUCCCGAAGACGAACGCACAAUCACAGACCUCAUGGUGGAUCAAAUCGAGUUUGCCGAUGUCAUCAUCUUGAACAAGAUUGAUAUGGUCGACAACAAGACUCGGUCCCGGGUACGGGAUCUGAUCAGCAACCUAAAUCACCGGGCCAAAGUCAUCGAGACGACCCAUGGUAAGGUUGACGUGACCGAGAUUGUCAACACCGGACUCUUCAACCUGGACAUAGCAAAGACCGGAUAUGGGUGGCUUCAGGAUCUGCAUGCCAUGUCACUUCGUGAGGUCAAUGGGAAGAAAACCAUCACCCCCAAGCCGGAGACCGAAGAAUACAACGUGCGCAACUUUGUCUAUUCUCGCCAGCGGCCCUUUCACCCGCGCCGGCUCUGGUCGCUCGUCUACGACAAAUUCAUCCUCCAAUUUGAGCAGCUAGAAGAGGACAAUGAAGAUGAUAUGGACGUUGAUGCAGAGGCCGGAGAUGGUUCCGAUGAUACAGACGACGAGGAGAUGAAGGAUGAAAACCAGGAAGAUGACGCAGAUCCACUUGACAUGCCGUCCAACGAAGCCAUCCUCGCCAACAAGCGCGCGCACCCCCUGUUCAGCCGGCUCUUUCGCUCCAAAGGCGAGUUCUUCCUGGCCACGCGCCCUCGCCGUGUCGGCGACUGGUCCCAGGCCGGCGCCAUGUUGACACUUACCGGCGGCCGCCUCUGGUUCUGCACCUUGCCCGAGGAAGCCUACAUCACCGGCGACGAGGAGAUAGAUUCGCUCAUCCGGCACGAUAUCAGCAAGGGAGGCGAGUGGGGAGACCGCCGCCAAGAAAUCGUGUUCAUCGGCGAGAACCUGGACACUGCUGUUCUCACAGAGACCUUGGACAAAUGCCUUCUCACCGACAAAGAGUUUGACAUGUGGGAGGACGUCAUGAGGAACGGACCCGAGGACGACAAGGAGAAGCAGAAGGUCCUGCAGGAUAUUUUUGAUGACGGCUUUCCCGACUGGCCUGAGGAGGACGAUGAGGGGGACCAUGAGGGACACGACCACGGACCAGGCCACCACCACUAGGUCUUGCAUUGUUUGCAUGUAGUUCCGUAAUACGGAGUUCUUCGCGAUAAUCGACUGCUAUAGCUAUUAAGGGGCUCUGAUGGGGCGUUGGCUAGAAAGAGACUUAAACAGAGAAACGAAAACAACGCAACCAAGACGGACACUUACUC